CUACUAAUCAGAUAUUUCUACCAUGCUAGUGUUCCAGCAGGAGCUAGACACCAAACACGACAAGCAUGAGCGCCUGGUCAAACUCAGCAGAGACAUCACCAUUGAAAGCAAGAGGACAAUCUUUCUACUGCACAGAGUCACCAGUGUCCCAGACGUGGAGGAGGUCCUCACAGAAGCUGAUCUGAAGCUGGAUGGAGUGAGACUGAACAUCAGAAUGAUUUCUGAGGAGCUCAGAGGAGAGGACCUGCACCAGUUCCAUAGAGCCUUCACACCAGGUACAGGCGGACAGACAGGCGGACAGACAGACAGACAGGCAGACACAGAGGACACAACGGCAGGACAUGCAGUCCUCCGGUUUCCAGUUAACCUCCUGAUUUUGUGA